AUAAGUCUCUUUGGGCGACAUAAAGAGGUGCACUUUCAAAAUGUCUCCCAAUGAAUGGGACCUCCCCCAACUUAGGUCUACUCUCCGGCUAGGUGUACCAUGAUCCCCGCAAGCUCUCCUCUUGUCAAAUCCAAUGCUAACCUGUAUCCCAAUGGUCAAGGCUCCGACAUUAAAACACCAUUUUAUGGAGUAGCAUUUUAUCCAUAUACUGCACCCGGAAUUGACCCCAUUUUUGCUGUAACUGGCGGUCGUGAGACAAUCAUUUGUCGUCCCCUGCCUGGAAAACAAAAGGGGGCGGAAAUACUCCAAUGGUUUCGAGACGAAGAUCAAUAUGCUGGCCUCAACAGCUGUGUCUGGAGCCGCGAUCUUGAGACAGGGGAGCCUUUGGUCUGCGUGGCCGGGACCAGUCCAAAAGUCAAAGUGAUUAAUGUCAAAACCGGACAGCUUGUCCAAACAUUAAUAGGCCAUGGAAAUGAAAUUGAAGAUCUUGCGGUAUCCCCUUCUUCCCCUUCAAUUCUAGCCUCCGCAUCAAUGGACCAUUCUAUACGAAUCUGGAGUUUGGACUCGAAUCACCAAUCCAACCCUUGCAAUGUAAUAUGUGCGGGCGAGGGACAUAAGGAAGGCGUUUUGACAAUUGCGUUUCAUCAUACCGGACGUUACCUCGUAUCUGGAGGAAUGGACUGUAUAAUCAAUUUAUGGGCCCUACCGGAGCUGCCUAGUAAGAACGCUGGCAGCGAUAAAACAACUAUCUUACACUACCCGCAUUUCUCUACAAUGGCAAUCCAUUCUGACUAUGUCGAUUGUAUUCGAUUUUUCGAUGAUUUAAUCCUCUCGAAAUCUGCCCAAGAGGGGAAAAUUGUGCUUUGGAAAAUUGAUGGAUUUUCCUCCGGAAAACCGUUUCCGAAUCCAGAAACGGCUCCAACGAGUCAUGAUUUUCGGGAGACGAAAUCCGCCUUUGGAGAAGGAUACCAACGUCUUUUGCAGUUUGAAGCGCCUCAGACGGAGCUCUUUUACAUGCGCUUCGGAUUUUUUGACAGCCCAGGGAUGCACCCGGUCUUGUCCAUUGGCAACACCAAUAGUAAGGUAUAUUUCUGGGAUUUGAAGCGCUUCGAAGUAUAUAAUCCUAAUGGCGAUGUUCCAUUUCGCCUUCCAAUAAAGCGAGGCAGAAGACCGCCUGGCAUUCAACGGGAAACGAGCAUAGCAUCCACUACGUCAAGUAGCAUCGUGCCAGGUAGCAAUGACGGACAGUCGGCAAUCCCUGCUGCCAGUCCUGCUGCCGCAGCUCGAAAGUACGACAUCUCUGACCCCUUCAACGUAAUUGAGGCACAUUCUUCCAUUGUGGUACCAAAAGUCAGCUUCGCAGCCCGACAGAUCGCAUGGAGUGUCGGCGGAGAGUGGAUGGUUGUGGUGGGUGACAAUGGGGUGAUUGCUCUUUUUGGCCGCGAGUUGAUCAAUCGGUGAAUCUCCGCGUGCUUCCGGUGUGUAAUGCCAUAGAACUGCAUUCAACACCGUACAACGAAAACCAUUUUGCAGCAUGCGCUCCGGUACAUCAACUUAGGAGAGAUCAACUGACUUUCUCCCCAUCUUGUGAGAGACUGAAGCUGUCUAAUGAUAAUUGGAAUUUCCGCUAUGGAUCUUAUCAGCACUGGUCCCUUGAAUACUUGGGUCGUUCUGGGGGAUUGAAAGGAUGUUUCAAUUUUUCAGAAUCAUUUGUUAACUUAGAAAUUGGGUUUUGUUUGGGCGGUGAAGCGGGCGCAGAAAACCAUUAGAGGGAAAAGGGUCGAUAGAGAUUGGUUGGAGUAAACGUACAGUAUGUAUGAACUUGGAAACAUAUAUCUUAAUCUCU